GUUCAAGGAAGCAUCUGUGUGCAGUAACUAUGCCUCAAUUGCAUGCAUCUGAAAAGGCCGAAAUACUUUCCAGUUGAAACCUUUUGUGUCGCGACAGUAUCGUUCCGGGUUCAUGCCACUACCAGUUAUCAAAAAUGGCUUCUGAGCUGGACCUCACAUCUACCUUCAUUCCAUCACUAUACAAACCCGCUGCAUUACUGCCAAUUACAAGGCAUAAGCAGAGUUUGCUGUACCUUGUUGACACAUAUCCCGUUACAAUUGUUGUUGGGCAAACGGGAAGUGGGAAGACAACACAGUUACCCCAAUAUCUAGAUCAGGCAGGAUGGUGCGCAGAUGGGAAAUCAAUCGCGGUAACCCAGCCGCGCCGCGUCGCAGCCACGACGGUCGCAGCCCGAGUAGCUGAAGAAAUGCGUUGCAGGGUUGGCGAAGAGGUGGGCUAUUCUAUUCGCUUUGAGGACGUGACCUCUGCGUCAACAAGGAUAAAGUUCCUAACAGAUGGAAUGCUACUUAGAGAGGCCCUUGUAGAUCCACUGCUGUCACGGUAUUCAGUAAUCAUGGUGGAUGAAGCGCAUGAAAGGUCUCUCAGUACUGACAUUCUCCUGGGAAUCCUUAAGAAAAUCAUGAGGCGGCGACCUGAGCUUAGAAUCGUCAUUAGUAGUGCGACUUUGCAAGCAGAAGAUAUCCUGCGCUUUUUCGCCGGAGAUCAAUUCCAGAAUGAAACGCACUCGGUUGAAAAGGGGGGAGAUAUUGGAAGGAUCAUCAGUUUGGAGGGUCGAAUGUACCCUGUGGAUAUGCUCUUCCUUGAAUCGCCUACGGAAGACUACCUUGAACGGGCUGUAAAGACUGUUUUUGACAUACAUCUACAAGAAACGGAAGGCGACAUUCUGGUGUUUUUGACAGGCCGUGAAGAGAUUGAUUCGACGGUGCAGCUGAUCUCUGAACGUGCUGCUAUGCUUCAUCCCAAAGCGCAGGCAUUAUUCCCUCUACCUCUAUAUUCUGGUCUCACAACAGAUCAACAGAUGUACGUUUUCGAACCAGCACCUGAAAAUACGCGGAAAGUCAUCGUUUCCACGAAUAUUGCAGAAGCCUCUGUUACUAUCAACGGCAUUGUAUUUGUUGUCGAUUGUGGCUUCGCGAAGUUAAGGGCCUAUAAUCCUACCACUAACAUCGAAACAUUGACAGCAGUGCCAAUAUCGAAGGCUGCGGCGAUUCAACGCGCAGGUCGAGCUGGAAGAACAAAGCCUGGAAAAUGCUUCCGUCUCUACACUCAGCAGACAUAUGAACAACUUCCAGAAGCCACGGUUCCGGAAAUCCAGCGGUCAAAUCUUGCCCCUGUGGUGAUGCAGCUCAAGGCAUUAGGUAUAGAUAACAUAGUUCGCUUUGAUUUCUUGACGCCUCCUCCCGCAGAACUUGUCAUACGUGCAUUUGAACUUCUGUACUCACUUGGGGCCGUUGAUGAUUAUGCCAAGCUCACCAAGCCUCUGGGUAUGCGAAUGGCAGAACUAGCGGUUGAUCCUAUGAUGGCGAAAGUCCUUCUAUCUGCGCAGUCGUUCCACUGCCUAAGUGAGAUCCUUUCAAUUGCCGCUAUGGUCAGCUUGCAGGGAUCAGUGUGGAUCGCGCAUGAGGGUGACAAAAAGUCGGCAGAGAGCACUCGCCGAAGAUUCGCUGUUGAGGAAGGCGACCAUCUAACGUAUCUAAACGUAUACCAGGCUUUUGUCACGAAAGGAAAGAAAGAUCCCAAGUGGUGCCGGGACAACCUUCUGAAUUACCGGUCGUUGCAGCGGGCAGUGAGCAUAAGAACCCAGCUGAAGCGAUACCUCGAACGGUUUGGUAUUCGGGUAGAUGAGUCUCUUCCUUCAGUGCAUCGUAAAGAAGCAGAAGCAAACAGGCCACCUGAGGUAAUUCAAAGGUGUCUCACAACUGGCUAUUUUGCGCAUGCUGCGAAGAUGCAACCUGACGGCACAUUCAAGACUGUUAGUGGUGACCUUACUCUGCAUGCUCAUCCCAGUUCAUUGAUGUUCAAUCGAAAAGCAGACUGGGUCAUUUUCCAUGAAAUAUUGCAGACAGGGGAAAAGACAUUUAUCCGAGAUAUCACGAAAAUUGAGAAGGGCUAUCUUCUUGAGUACGCCCCUAGCUACUAUAGGUUAAGCCAAUAAUUUCUAUAAUUUCUACACAACACUGCUU